UACAAUUCAGUCCUCUCGGCCACGCGUGUGAAAGGAUCUACCAUGGGGAAGUCCAGACAAACGGGAAACCACAGUAGUGACAAAAAGAAGCACAUUGCAAAGACAUGGAAGACCAAACGCAGGACUAAAGACCUGGACCAGAUCCACUCAGACAUGAAGCCCGAGACAGCAGCCAAGCUGCUACGUCAGGAGGUGGACGUCGAUGUGACGGGAUGUGCUCAACACUACUGCUUACACUGCGCGAGAUAUUUCGUGGACAUGAGAUCCCUGAAAGAGCACUUCAAAACUAAAGUGCACAAAAGACGGUUGAAACAGCUCAGAGAGGAGCCCUACACACAGGCAGAGGCAGACAGAGCAGCGGGUAUGGGCUCAUAUAUCGCUGCAAAAAAAGUUGAAGUGAAGACACAGACUGUGGAAGAGGACAUGGACUGAGAGCUGCUUACUUGUACCACUAGACUGAUCGAGUCAAUAGAUAAUGCUUAUAUUACCUCUUGCUGUCACAGAUGUUGAGUGCAUCAUUAAAUGUUGUCUGAGUCUUUUCAGCUGUUAGACAUCUGGCUAUUAAAUCAGGAAAGGCUUAUCUUAAUCUGGUUAAUGUAAUGCAACAUGUGCCUAAAUAUUGAGUAUUUGUGGAAUACUAAUAAGCUAUAACAGUCAAUUUUGAUUGCAUUCAUAUGGGACUACAAUGUUUGAUUAAAAGCAUUGUUUCCUCAGUUUUUGUGUACAUGACUGCUGUCCACCCUGUGCUCAUAACUUGAAAUGAAGGGUCACACAUAGACUUAAAUUUAAAGAAACGCAAACCAUAAAAGGUUGGAACCAACAGGGUUAAAGAUAAUUUAGUUAGAGGCCUUGGGUCUGUGUUUUGUUAUAGGCAACAUCACAUGUAUGAAUAUAUUAAUUUAGCAUUGUAAUGGUCAAACACACAUGCCAGAUAACGACAGCAGUCUAAAUCUAUCUUGGAAUUUGUAUUGCAUAUGGCUGAUAUACCCUUUGUUUAUGCCCUUAUUUCUACUGUAUGCAGAAUAAAAACAUCCAACCUACA